CGAACGGCGGUGUAGAACCAUAACCUCUCAGGACUUCGGUGAAACGGAGUCGGAGUCGCCGCAUCGAUUUCUCCUUGAUUUCGGCGAUCAGAGGAUAAGAAUCUCUGCGAGGGAAUAGCAUGACCAGUGUCUCCCGCUGAGUAUGCCGCACGUCGUGUCGCCGAUCCGCAUGGCGUAUUAAUUGCGUCGCACAAUUGCACCGCGAGGACGACGACGACGCACGCAAAGAAUGGCCUCCCCGAAGUGCGGAGUGCGAUGAAACAGUUAUUAUGUUGCCUUCGGCCGGCCACUUCCAAAAGAUAAUUUGCCCGUUUUAUGACGGCGGCUCGUGCGACCGGCCCUAUUGUCACUUCAAGCACUCCAAGCAAGAAGAUGAGAGUGCAGCAGAAGUGGCUGGGGUGGUGGAGACCCAGACGACGGAACAAAUGCAAGAGGACAAAUGUACCAACGUGUCCUCAACCCCCGACAUGUUGCAGCACCUAGUGACGGAAGCUGUGAAGAAGGUACUUGCAAAUCAGGAAGUCGCCGAUACAGAGAAGGUUUCGCAAAAUAUCGUCUCUCAAGUGGUGGAGGGGCUUAAGCCGACCUUGUCCUCUGGUUCUGCAGUUUCUAUGCACACCAUUACACCUAGUAUAGGAAAGCAUCUCAUGAUUCCUACGCCUAUCACGAAACCGGUCGCUUGUGUCUACAAUCCGACACCGAUAGCGGAACUGAAAAAACGGCACAUACCUGUAAUUUCGUAUAUGCCGAACAGGGAGAGUAGAGUGGCUGUGAAACGUAAAUUCUCGCCUGAAAGGGCUAAACCAUGGCCGAACGUUGUUCAGGAAUCGAGCAGUUCUCAAAUUACAACAGAAAUCAUAUAUAAACCCACUGCGAUAGUGAAUACAACCGAUCAGGAUGCUGUACAGGGUUAUGUGCCGACAUGUAAGUCGGACACGUCCUCGUCGAAUUCAUAUGACGACAGUAAUUCGAACGAUUAUCAACUUAAAUUUAAGGAAGAAUAUUAUCCGAAAUCUAAAAAGAAAAGGGAGGAAUAUGUUCCAAAAAAUAUCAAAGCACCAUUAAAGACAGUUCAGCAAUUAAACGACUCCACUUUGAAUCAGUUUGAUUCUGAGUUUGAUAUACUAGACGAGAUCAUUACUUCUAAUCACAUUACUCCUGUAGCAUUGGAACAAGCGAAAGCGUCGGCCAGCGAGGAUUCUCAAGAUUAUUCCUUUGAUAUCGAACCUAGGUUCUCAGAUGACGAAUCCAUUGAGGACACAUUUACGUAUGAUCCUAACGUGAGUGAAAAAAAAUCCGAGCAAACGGAAGAUGUGAACGAGAAGGAGAAGAAGAACUUGCAACAUGAGGAAAUUGAUACUAAAGAUAAACAGACGAGCAAUAAAGAUAAUAAAAUACAUAGCAAUCAUCACCAUGAUGCUAAAACGGGUGAUAUCAAAAGUAAUGAUAGAUCUAAGGAACACAAAACGAGUGACUCGAGAAAAUUUUCAGAAAAAAGAGAGGACGCUGCAAGGCAGGAUACUGAUAAAGAGAAACAUCAAAGUCGUGAUAAAAAUAAGGAAAAAGAUAGUAGAGAUCGUCAUAGUUCCGAGAGGAGGGAUAAAGAAAGAUCUAGGCACAAAUCGGAUUCUAGAGAUAAACACCGCUCUUCCUCUAGCAAAGACAAAGAUAGGAGGAGAAGCAGUCGCGAUAGUAAAGACUCUUCGCGUGGAAGCAGAGAACGCUCGGAUUCGCAAAGACACAAACACACCUCUCCGAAGAAAGAUCGAAACGAUCGUCACAAAUCCAGCCGGCAGGACAAGCACAAAUCAAGUUCGAAUUCGUCCAGUUCCAAAUCGAGUAAACAUACGUCAAACAGAAGCGACAGGAAGCAUCGUUCGGAAUCAAAUCGAAGAUCUAAUAACUCCUCCAAAAAGUCUAGCAAGCAUAAAGAGAGCAGCAGUGAAAGGAACUCAUCUGACAGAUCUGAUGGUUCUAUAGUCAGUAUUCAUUCUUUUAAUAAUGAUGAGAUUUUAGAACUGUCAGAUUCUGAUCAUGAUGUACAAGAAGAAUGCCUAAGAAUUUUUCAGGAAUAUCAAGCUUCAGACUAUCCGCAAUUAGUAUCAGUAAAAAAAUCUUUGAAAGAAGCAACUGAAAAUGUAGAAGAAGCAGAUGUUGGUAAGAAAAGAAUUGCGCAUCCUUCGGCGGCCACAACUGUUACAAGACAGUUAGGUCCUAGUCAGCCACCAAAAAAGCUUAUAACACCGCAACAAAAAAUGUACGAGCGAUGGCGUUUGAUGCGAGAAGUAGCAGCUCAAAAAGCCGCAGAAAAGGCAGCAGAGAAGGCGUCAGCUGAAACGAAGCUUCAAAUUGCAUCUAUGUCAGCAGAUCAGUCUUCGACUACUAUCACGCAACAUGCAUCAGUUCACAAAGAAUAUGUCGAGUCUACCUCAUCGAUAAAUAAUAGUGAUGUGCUACCGAACACAAAUGGUCGCAUUCGAAUUGCUCAUGUCCCAUACGCAAAAUCCCUUGCAUUGGAAAAGAAAAAGGUAAUAACAGCGAGGAAGAGUGGAGACGUUAAAGGGGUAGAUAACAAAACAAUAGCGCAAACUACAAAGGGUGGUACACGCGUCGCUCACGUACCGCAGGUGGUACCUCAACUCGUGCGCCCCGAACCGCUGCAAGUCGCCACUCAGAAGUUUCCCUUAAACGUUCGUCAGUAUUACAUUAAUUUAAUGCAGGAUAUAUGCGUGCAAAUUUAUACGAACGGCGACGACGCGGCGCAACGAGCCGUUAAAGAAGAGCUCGCGUGUCACGAAAGAUGCAAAGCGCUCGCGGUAUAUAAGAGUUCAUGCAUGUUAGCAGCUCAUAGGUUAAGAAAGGAGAUAGAUCAAAACAAAUCAAAUGAAAGGUCUGCUAGCUCGAGCUACGGUAUGGUGUCUCACGAGGCUGUUCUUGCUGGCAAAUCGAAAGGUUCUUGGAGCGUAGUUAAAACUAAAAGAAAUGUGACAGAUUUUAAAGGACCAGCGUUGUACAACAUGCUCAAGAAAUGGAUCAUGACAGAACAACAGCUUAGAGAUAAUGGAUUUCCACGUAAACACCCAGAUAAUACGAAGGGACGAGCGAAGGUGUAUGUAACAAAUUCACGGAACCAAAACGUUUUGUCAAAAGUGCCUAAUGAAAGAAUAUGCAGUCGAUGUGGCCAAGCGUAUAUGAUAGACAAACAGGGCUUUGCUGUGCAGCAACAAAAUUGUAUAUAUCAUUGGGGCAGGAAGUUUACGGUGAGAGGCGAGGGCAAGUACAGUUGUUGCCAGCAGUAUGGUUCUGCCACUGGUUGCUGUGAUGCGAAGACACACGUGUGGGAUUACACGGAUUACGAGAAUCUUCGUGGUUACGUUAAAACUUUAUCGAAAGAUGUUCCUGUUGAAGAACAAGGUGUUUAUGCACUUGACUGUGAAAUGUGUUAUACUACACAAGGCUUAGAAUUAACCCGAGUGACGAUUAUUGAUGAAGAUUGUAAAGUGAUGUACGAAACGUUAGUUAAACCGCAUAAUCCAAUAAUUGAUUAUAAUACGAGGUUUUCUGGGAUCACAGAAGACGACAUGAAGGAUGUGACGACGACUAUUUUAGAUGUACAAGCUACGCUGCUUACGAUGUUCUCAGAUAAAACGAUCUUGGUCGGUCAUAGUCUCGAAAGUGAUUUUAAAGCUUUAAAGUUGCUCCAUGAUACUGUUGUGGAUACCAGCGUUAUGUUUCCACACAGGAAUGGAUAUCCACACAAAAGAGCAUUGAAAAAUCUCUGUUCUGAAUAUCUCAGAAAGCUCAUACAAAAUGAUGUUGGUGGCCAUGACAGUAAAGAAGAUGCUGUUGCUUGUAUGGACUUAAUUCAUUGGAAAGUGAAGGAAGAAGCAAAAUUACAGUAAACAACUUGUACUCACAGUUUGAUAAAAACAAACACAUUGCGAUUGUUAUAUGUUUAGUAACAAUGACAUAUUUUUUGCUUUCGUAAUACUACUGACAAGAUAUUGUUAAAGACGACUGAGCUCUAAGGAAAUUGAGUAGUUUUGUGAUCGAGUGAAUCCACUCUAAAUAAGAGUAUAAAUCUCUAUUAUACUUUAUCCGAUAUAAAUUUUAACAAUUAGUAUAUUUAUGAACAAUGUUUAUUAUUUUUUAAUGGAAAUAUUCAUAUUUAUAAUAUAAUAAUAAUAAUAUUUGUGCAAAACUAUUUUUUCGUGAUUAUAAUUAGUUUUUCUUUUUCGUUAAUUUUUUUAGAAUUUAUCGCGUCAUUGAUGUAUGCACAUAUAUACGAAAUAUGUUUAAAUAAGUUAUGAAGUAAUAAAAUCGUGAACAUUAUUAAUAUAUCACAAACUAAUUGUUCAAAUUUUGAUAAUUAUCAAACUUUCUAUUGGUCGGUCUUUAAUUAUGUUUUGUCGGUAGGGAAGCACUGGCCAGUAAUGUUGCGCAUACUUUACUGUCUACAUACUGAGCAUAUUUUGUAUACUGUAUUAUAUCUUGUGUAUAAAUAUGUAAUAUACACUUAUUAUCCUCGACAUAGGACUUUUUUUCAGAUUAAAUUUGAAAUCAUCUAGCUAAUAAGAUCAUAUCGCAACAUUAAUUCUCAUCAUAUUUAUCAAAACGUAAAAUAUAAUAAUAGAGGGAGCUAGAGGAGAAUUUCAUGACACAGGCAUCGCGACAAUUUAAUUAAUAUUUUUGUACUUCCUGUUAUUACUUAUUUAUAUUUUGUAGCAGUAAAAAAACGAAAUACAUUGCUUGCUAUUUA